CCUCUUUUAGUCACCACCGCUUCGUUACUUUGGGGCCCUGAUUCAAACGACCACUCUCCACCGUUCUUUGGUGCUUUUUGGAUGUAUCCAUAUGUCUUCGACAAUAAAUUCAGAUACUAAAACUCAAGUAAUUCAAACAUACGAUGGGCACCCCACGUACUCCUGCGCGAAGUGUUCUGCUGUCAUAGCUCUUCAGGAUGAACUUAUUAGCAAGUCUUUCUCUGGACGUGAUGGACGAGGAUAUCUGAUGUACUCGGCGACGAACGUGAAGCUCGGAAAGAAGGAAGAACGGCCACUUCUGACUGGCGUACAUACCGUUGCUGACGUACACUGCCUGGGCUGCAAUGAUAGGCUUGGUUGGUACUAUCACAAAGCAUCCGAUUACUCUCAGAAGUACAAGGAAGGUAAAUAUCUGCUUGAGCGAGAGAAGCUGAUCAAGGAGAACUCGUGGACACUAGAUUCGGAGGACAAGUCGCUAUCUUCUGAAGGAUCUCCUGUGACCUUGAGCGCGCGCAGAAAUAAUUUGUAACUUCCAUUGGGAAUUGUAGUACCGUCGGCGAAUGUUGGGGUGGUAAGGUCCAGCAGGUAGUAGGGAUUAUCCUGUUUCGAGAGUUGUCAGAUAAAUCACUUGACAAAUGAGGUUGCU